AUCCAGGCAUCGCCAUGGCGGGCGCAAAGAAGAAGAAGAAGCCAGCAGCCAACCCGGCACGAGGCUUUGCCACGACCUCCGUUGCAUCCAAACCUCGUCUGGAAGUGGCAGAGCCCACAGGGUCUCAGUCUUCCUCGGGCGUCAACACUCCCAAGACUGCCCCUCCAGCGGCAUCAGAUGGCCCCUCGUCGCAGUCGAAGCCGGCCGAGCAGAGUGGCGAGCAGACGGCGGCCAAGAAAGUUGAAUUGAGCCCCGAGGAGUUUGAACGGCAGCUCGAGGAAUCCGAGCUGCAGCUAUUCGUUGACAAGUACUCCCAGAAGGUCAAGCGAGAUGCGCAGCGCCAGUGCUUGCGGCUGGAAACCGACCGACGCCUGCUUCGGAGCCAAGCUGAGAACCUAAAUACCCAAAAAUGGCUGCCGCGGGAAUUGAUGGAUCAUAUCCUAGACCAUAUCAAGGCCGAGAGCCGAUUCUAUGCGUCUAGCCUGUCAUCCGAGAACGCUGGGCCUGGAAAGAUGCCGUCUGAAGAAGAUCUGGUAUCCCGCAUCUGGACGCUACAGCAGACACUCACCGGCGCCGGCUUCUCUGCGAACAUCGUCGAUAAGGCUAUUCGACAUAUCUUGGAUAUCGCACCGAAUAUCUCGCCGGCUGCUCGAGAUUAUAUCUGGGGCCUAGAGGAAGCCCUCGAGUGGCUUGCUCGUGAAUCUCCGCUGGACGAGCUACCUCCAUACGGAAACAAGUCCAAGGCCGCUCCCAAAGAUGCUGCUGAUAACACAUCCACCCCGCCUUCUCGCACGAGCACUCCCAAGUUGAGUCAGAGUCAAGCCACCCGAAACGAGAAGAGCAACGCGCCGAAUCAACGAUCGAGCAAAACCCGAUCGGUUCCAAAUGCGACAUUCGACGGCGAUAUCGAACCGGAUGACUUGAUACCAGAAUACGUCGCCACGAAGGCCAAGUUACUCGAAUUGAGCCACCUGAAGAAGACAACGGCGCGGUCAAGAUCUGCUAAGCAACAAAAGGAAGAUGAGACGGAUGCGGUAUCAAUGGCUUAUCUUGAAGCCAAAUUGAAGACAAUAGAGUCCGAUGUUCUGUUCGACAAGUUCUUGGCAGAGCAACAGUGGAAAAAGGAGAAGGCCGACUUGGAAAAACAACUCGCUUUGGCCAGGAAGACGGCCGCCGCGGACUCAAGCAGCCAGUCUCAGCCUGAAGAUACCACGCCCCUGCCGGAAGCGGACGACGACAUCACCGCUAUGGCUGAGAAGAUGGCACAGGAAAUCCUAGCUGAGAACGACGAGGACGACGAUAUCGCGGGCUUGUUCGAGUCACUUCCACAGAGCGAGGUUGACCCGACCACUGGCAAGCUCCAGACCGUAGUAACCUCUUCCGACGGAGCACGGCUCGUUAUUCGAGAGUUUGCUAAAUGGACGGGCGUCAACCCUUCUGUCAACAUCAGCUAUACUGUUGUGUCCGAGGCCACGUUUGCUAACCGCCACUCGGUGGUCAUUGGGUGGUCAAAGCCACAGGACGCUGCUCAGAUCGUGGCAAAUGCGGAUGUCGAAGCCUCGAUUGAGUCCACCCGCUUCCAAUUUACUAUGACCAAGGUUGCUACCCCCGAUGUGAAGCAAUCGGAGGCUUACAUCGCCACGGCAGCGCUGUUUCACAUAUUCAGUGGUAAUCCCAAGGAAGAAAAGGUCAAUCUCAGGCUUCCAACCGUCUGGCGAGAUUUCUGGUCUGAGAUGGCCGAAGCCAAGAAGGAGCAUUUCGAUGCGCAGGAUCGACUGGUUGUGAAAGAGAUCAAGGCCCUUGUCCGCCAAAGGCAGGACCAGGAGUUGGAAGACGGUGUUGUCCUACAAGGCGCGUUCAGGGGUCGCAACAACGCCAAGAGCUCGCCAGAAUCUACCGAGUCGGGGCAUACCGAGCGAUCAAGGAACGUUGAAAGCGAUGACAACCUGAAGAAGCUGUGGGCGUCAAGGUCGAGCAGGAAGAAGUAUGAAGCUAUGUUGCAAUAUCGAGAACAGCUUCCGAUGUGGAAAUUCAAAGGCCACGUUCUGGAUGCUGUAGAACAGAAUCAAGUGAUUAUUAUCUGCGGAGAGACCGGCUGUGGCAAAAGCACACAAGUACCAGCCUUUCUGCUGGAACACGAACUGUCGCAAGGCAGGCAGUGCAAGAUCUAUUGCACGGAGCCUCGCCGCAUUUCUGCCAUAUCUCUAGCUCGUCGAGUAAGUGAAGAGUUGGGUGAUGAAAAGGGCGAUCUGGGAACCUCCAGGUCCCUCGUCGGCUAUUCCAUCCGCCUUGAGUCAAACACGUCCAAAGAAACGCGGCUUGUGUAUGCUACGACGGGUAUUGUUAUGAGAAUGCUUGAAGGCUCCAAUGAUCUUCACGAGGUCACACAUCUCGUACUCGACGAGGUUCAUGAACGCUCCAUUGAUAGUGACUUCCUCCUCAUCGUCCUCAAACGCCUCCUGAAACGCCGCAAAGACUUGAAGGUCAUCUUGAUGUCUGCUACUGUUGACGCGGAGCGGUUUUCGGCGUACCUGGGUGGUGCGCCAGUGCUGAACGUUCCCGGCAGAACGUUCCCAGUCAUGGUCCGCUACCUCGAGGAUGCUGUUGAGCUCACUGGCUAUGUGCCAAGCAAUUCAGAGUCUGACCGGAUUAUCGACCUCGACGAUGACACGCUCGAGACGGAAGUGGACGGACUCAAAGCCGAGAUGGCCCAGAGCCUUGCCGGCUACUCAAACAGAACCAAGGCUGUGCUCGCUCAAAUGAACGAAUAUCAAAUCGAUCUUGAUCUCAUUGUUGAACUAAUUGCUCGAAUUGCGGUGGAUGAAUCGCUACAGCAAUACAGCAACGCAAUCCUGGUCUUCCUACCCGGAAUCGCAGAUAUCAGAUCGCUGAAUGACAUGCUACUGGGGGACCCUCGGUUUUCGGCUGGCUGGCUUGUCUACCCUCUGCACUCCACAAUUGCCAUGGAGGACCAGGAGGCCGCUUUCCUUAUACCCCCUCAGGGGAUGAGGAAGAUUGUGCUAGCGACGAAUAUCGCGGAGACUGGAAUCACCAUUCCAGACGUUACUUGCGUCAUCGACACUGGCAAGCACCGCGAGAUGCGAUUCGAUGAGAAAAAGCAGCUUUCCCGGCUGAUUGAUACUUUUAUUUCGAGGGCGAAUGCGAAGCAACGCAGGGGGCGUGCGGGCCGUGUGCAGAAUGGGCUGUGCUUCCACAUGUUCUCCCGGUAUCGGCACGAUACGCUGAUGAGCGACCAGCAAAUUCCGGAGAUGCUGCGUCUCUCCUUGCAGGACCUGGCCAUUCGAGUCAAGAUUUGCAAACUCGGCGGCAUCGAAGAGACGCUGAGCGAUGCUUUGGAUCCCCCUUCGGCCAAGAAUAUACGCCGCGCCGUGGACGCACUCGUGGAUGUGCGCGCCUUGACUGGCACCGAAGACCUUACGCCCCUUGGAUAUCAACUGGCGAGGUUACCCUUGGACGUCUUCCUGGGAAAGCUCAUCCUCUUGGGGACGGUGUUCAAAUGCCUGGACAUGGCCAUCACCGUUGCGGCCAUUUUGUCAUCCAAGUCCCCCUUUUCUGCCCCCUUUGGACAGCAAACGCAAGCAAACAACGCGAGAGCAGCCUUCCGUCGUGCGGACUCGGAUUUACUCACGACCUACAAUGCGUAUCUUGCGUGGAAGCGGGUAUGCCAGGCAAAUGGGGGCUUCGGAAAAGAGUUCCAAUUCUGCCGGAAGAAUUACCUUAACCAGCAGACUCUUACCAACAUUGAAGAUCUGAAAGGACAGCUGCUGACAUCUCUGGCGGACUCCGGGUUCUUGUCCUUGACGGAGGAGGAGCGGCGAGCGCUUCUAAGACUUCGGUUUUCCGCCGGCGGCCGCGGCCGUCGACAACAGUUCGUCGACGUGCCCCAGCGGGUGAACCUCAACAGUGACAACGACAUCGUUUCGACUUCCGUCAUUGCAUGGAGCUUUUAUCCCAAGCUGCUUGUGAGGGAUGUGCCAGGGUCCAAGGGCCUCCGCAACAUUGGUAACAACCAGUCCAUCAGCCUUCAUCCAACCUCUGUCAACCGUACGCUGUUCGAUGCGCGAUGGUUGUCGUACUAUACGAUCAUGCAAACCAAGUCGGUUUAUCGUGCACAUGAAACCACCGUGACAGAACCUUUCGCCAUAGCACUGCUCUGUGGUGACGUACGCUGUGAUCUAUACUCUGGCGUGAUAGUGCUGGAUGGUAAUCGGGGUCGCUUCGCCGUCCCGGAUUGGAAGACGAUGCUCGUCAUCAAAGUCUUGCGCACACGGCUGCGCGAAUUGCUCACUCGAAGCUUCAAGCAGCCUGGCAAACUGCUCACUGCACAGCAGGAGAAGUGGUUCGAUGUCUGGCAGCGUUUGUUUUCGCAGGACUUUAACCAAGACAGGACCGUCAACACUAUCAGCCUGUAA